UCGAAAAGUAUUGAACAAGAACAUUUACGUUAUGCUUAAGCUGCCAUCUGUUACAGUGGCAUGCUGGUACCUUGUGAUCCUGAAGCCUGAACAACUCUUCGUCUCUAUUAAUGACACCUGUAACAUACAGGUUAAUAGAAUUCAACACGUGUCUGGCCGAACCCACGUGUCAUUAACCCCCCUUUCCAACAACCACCGUUGUAGCCCCUCUCCCUUGACCGGCAACAUUCUUCCAUCUGCUCAGAUUGUUUCAGACUUUCAGUAUCCUCCACUUUGUGAAAGAAAAUGAGCCAAGAACAGCCACGCCGGCACGAACAUCAAGAACCUAUCAAGUACGGGGACGUUUUCAAUGUCACUGGAGACCUUGCCUCUAAGGUUAUAUCGCCGGUGGACGCUGACAUGAUGCAAACGGCCGAGACUAUGGUGUUCGGUCAAACCCAGAAGGGUGGCCCUGCCGCAACCAUGCAGUCUGCUGCCUCCCGGAAUGAGCGUUCUGGCUUCGUCGGCCAUGAGGAUGUAAGUGAUGCGGCCAGAGACCAAGGAGUUGCCGUCAAAGAGACCGAUAUCCCAGGAAGCCGCAUCAUCACUGAAACAGUUGCCGGACAGAUCGUUGGGCAGUUUGUGGAGCCUACGCCCUUUUUUGGAGCUGCCGCUGUAGUGCAGAAUGCGGUCACCAUAGGACAAGCUCUUGAAGCAACCGCCCACACUGCAGGUGAUAAACCGGUCGACGAGAGUGAUGCUGCUGCCAUUCAAGCAGCAGAGGUGAGGGCAACAGGGAGCAACUUCGUGAUACCGGGUGGACUCGCAGCCAGCGCUCAGUCAGCUGCUUCUUUCAAUGCUGGGGUUAGCAAGGAUGAAGAUAAGAUUAAACUGAAAGACAUCCUAAUGGAUGCGGCAAUGAGGCUACCAGCGGAUAAAGUGGUGACGAAGCAAGAUGCAGAAGGGGUGAUGAGUGCAGAGCUGAGACACAAUGCAAGGCUCGCAGUCCAUCCUGGUGGUGUGGCUUUGUCCAUAACAGAAGCCGCCAGGCUCAAUGAGAACAUUAAUAAAGCGCCACCGUGAGCUGGGGUUGUUGUUUCCAUUGUAUAGUACCGUUUUGAGCUUGUUUGUUUGUGUUUUGCAGUAAUCCAACUUUGGAAAAAAGAUGGGGCAUCAAACACAUUUCAAUAAAGAUCCCAUGUUAGCUGAAUAAAUGAACAGGUGAAUAAGACGUAUGAAAUGGACCAAGCUAAAGCUUCACAUGCAAGCAUAGAAUAUAACAACGAGCAGUCCAGUUUUGAAAAUUUGGAAAAGUAGCGUAUGUUGAAAUGGUGUUGGCCCUGCACCUGAGAAGAGCUGCUGCCAUACGAAAGCUGCAGCAGAGAAAAGAGCAGGCUCGUUGUUUCCCAAUCACAAUCCAACAGUACGCUCUCUUUUGACUCAAUUUUAACAUUGAAUUAUAUGCAUGACAAUCAAUCCCACAUCAAUUUUAGAAAUCACCAGUUUCUUGCAGGCAUUUUUUUUUUGUCACUGCCUUUCGUUUUUUUUUGAAAAAUGAUGAGUUCAAUUAUGGGAAGUUUUGGUUGGAGUAAAAAGCAAAUACAACAGUCAAUAGAUUCUUCCCAUAUUGGCCUUAGGAAACGUCACUAUCGAAAGCAACAUGCAUCCAAAAUUU